AUGGAGCGAUUAGGUACAUCGCUUCUGGAGAAGGUGUCCGAAACGCCCAUGCCGUUUGCGGAUUGCUGUGCCAACAUCUCACUGCCGAUGUUAUGCUUGCUGGCCAGCAAGCUCCCGCAUUGCCCUGCCGUGGUUGUAUCUGUGGGAUCCGGAAGCGGCCUGUUAGAGACGCUCCUCAUACAGGUGACCAACGGCAACGUCGACCUUGUAGGGGUGGAAGUGCCAUCAUGUCGUAACAAAUACCUGCCUUGCGAACGGCUCCUCAGAGUACCGUGCACCGAGUCACUACAUCCUGACGCUUUGCUAGCUUCUGCACUCAUGUUCGUAUACCCUCGGAAAGCGAGCAUUGUUGCUCGGUAUCUUGAGAGUUACCGUGACGGCGCAGUUGAGCGACUGCUCUGGCUUGGACACAAAUGUGACAUUCCAGAGAUGGAAGAGAUACUUCGCCCCUACUCCUCUUCCCUCGAAAUCGUUGAUGGCCCGGGCUUGGCUGCAUAUGAGGCUGUCCUCGUGGCCUCGCUAUGA